CCUCUGCUCCUUUGUUUGGCCUCCGCUUCCCCCUUGCCUAUUCGACAAAACCCAAGUCAUUUAGCGCACCCAAAGGCUUUUCCCUAAUAUCUGGCUCGCCUCUUGUCCGGAGUUUCUUCCUCUUACUUUCCCAUCAUCACUACGACACAGUGAACCCUUGGGAAUUCUCUGUCUCAUCAGACAUUCUUCUCAUCAUCAUCGCCACAUCGAUCUAUCCCUUUCGAUCCUGCCUCGUCGCAAUCACCGUCAAAAGCCUAGGCGCGACCCUUCGCUGUCUUCCACCAACCUUGCUGAACCCCCAGUCUCAGUCAAGCGCAACACGCCGGAUUGUUCAUGUAUCGAGCAUUCUUCCACUCCUCCAAAACCAACACCAAGCAAAAGCUGGACAUAUUUCCGGCAAGCAGAGAUCCUUGUAGUCCUACAAGGUCUUGUUAUGGUUGAUACGCCACAAAAAGCAAACAUUUUCUUCAUGUCAAGUACCGUUACCAGGUGGUAAUAUUCCACGCAUGUCUGGUCAGUUGAAAGGAGAAGUCUCGUCGUCCUCUUUGCUCUUCACCACCGCCUAAAAUACCAAUUCGUUCGAUUCCUCGGUCAAAAAUCUUUACACAAGAGAAUAUCCAUCCUAGCUCAAAAUGGCGACCGUCAAUAUCCGUCGGGACGUUACCGAUCCCUUCUAUCGGUACAAGAUGGAACGCCUGCAGUCCAAGAUCGAGGGAAAAGGCAAUGGUAUUAAAACCGUUAUUGUCAACCUUCCCAGUGUCUCUGCUUCCCUAGCUCGUCCUCCUUCCUAUGUGAUCAAAUACUUCGGCUUCGAACUCGGUGCUCAAACCAAUACCAACCCAAAAGACGAUCGUUGGAUCAUCAAUGGAGCUCAUGAUGCAGGCAAGCUCCAAGAUUCCUUGGAUGGCUUCAUUUCCAGAUUUGUUCUCUGCAAAUCUUGCAAGAACCCCGAGACCGAGGUCAACAUUAAGGACGGGCGCAUCUUGUUGGACUGCAAGGCUUGCGGUCAACGCAGCCAGGUUGACAUACGCCACAAACUGAGCGGAUUUAUUCUCAAGAACGAAGAUAAAGGUGGAAAAAAGGCAAAGAAGGAAAAGAAGUCCCGUCGCGACCGCACCAAAGGCGAGAGCCAGGAGAAUGGUUCCAUGAACGGGGGAAGCCCCCAUGAGUCCAACUCCGACAAAGGAGACGCUGACGACGGUGAUUACGAGGUUGCAGCUGGCAGUGACGACGAGUUCACCAAGCAGAUUCAAGAGGUUGCUAAAAACAUCAACACAGAUGGACCUACCAAGGAAGAGGAAUGGGCUGUUGACACGUCUGCUGAAGCUGUUGCUGCUCGUGCUAAGGAACUUCCAUCUGACUUGAAGCGUUCGCUCGCCUUCGACGAUGAUGAAGAGGCUGAAGAGAAUGGUACCAAUGCCUACGACCAGCUUGGAACCUGGAUCAUCGAUGAGACCAAGGACAAAGGUUCCGUCAGCAAGGUGGAUGAUGUUGACAUCUACAAGAAGGCCAAGGAGCUGGGCAUCGAGUCCAAGCACAAGACACUCACUGUUCUGGCUCAGACCAUCUUUGACCAGAAUAUUGUCAAGCAAAUUCCGGCUCGGGCUGGUAUGCUCAAGACCAUGAUCGGCGAGUCCGAGAAGCACAUGAAGGCUUUCCUUGGCGGUACAGAGCGAUUUGUUGGCAAUGAUCAUCCAGAACUGAUCACUCAGGUGCCGGCCAUUCUCUUGGGCUACUACCAGCACGACCUCGUCAGCGAGGAGGUCGCCAAGGCGUGGGGUCAAAAGGCGAGCAAGAAAUACGUCGACAUCAGCACCAGCCGAAAGGUUCGUCUCGCUGCCGAGAAGUUCCUGCAAUGGCUCGACGAAGCCGAGAGCGACGAUGACAGCGAGGAAGGGAGCGACGACGAGUAAAUGGCUUGCUUCUACCGCAGCUACUUUGUUCAUCGCUCAGCUUCUCAGUUUUCGAAUCUAUGGUCUACUUCUUUGUAGUCGGCACUCCACUCUCGGCGCCACGUUACUCUCCUUGAAACUGCUUUGGGUCACUCUUUUCGUGAUUGAAGAGCGAUAUGCCUUGUAAGGUCAGGUGUAGCGUCUGACUGCGCAAAGGCAAUCAUCACUGUAACUAGAAUCCUCAAUCCAGUUCUUUGCAUAGAUCCAGCUUCUGCGUCACUGCUUCUUGAUCCGCUUCCACUGUCAUUUAUGGCGCUAGGGUGUCAUUCGACGACAACAGCAGCGAGGACAAUUUGCAUGGUAGGAGGACCUCCUGUUCAAUGCGAUGCCGAAC